AUGUCUUCCACGGCACCCAAGGAUGAUGCGCCGGCGCACCAAAAGAACAACCAUGUGGACUACGUCAUUCAAUUCAGCUUCAGCGGCGCGGAUCCAGCACAAGCGACGUCGCAGCUCGAAUCGCUUCUUCGGAGACUAUCGGAGGUAGGCCUGCAGACUGAAGUGAGGGAGGGGGAUGAAACGACCGUGCUCGUCUUCGUCCGCGCAUCGAGGAAGAAGCAUCUCCGACAUGCGGUUUAUCAAUCACGCAUACGUGACUGGCUCUACGGAGUCCGCCACGACGAGCCCGAAUCCGAGACCUCCGCCGAACCGCAAACCGAAUCCGAACGUCUCCGUGUGAUAUAUCAUAUGAUUACAGUCCCCAAGGAAGCAGGCGGUGCCGGGAUCAGUCCGAGACACGGGGAGUGGGAAAAUGUGCUCGCAAUCUUUCCGCUGCACGACGUCGACACAAAUAACGAUUGCAUCCGAGAUUGGAGCAAGAAGACAUUCUUGUCGCCGGAGGAUUUGGACCAGAUCCGGAACACAUUCGGAGAAAGUGUCGGGUUUUAUUUCGCGUUUCUGCAGUCAUACUUUAAAUUCCUGCUGUUUCCGGCUGCCUUUGGAUUCUCGUGUUGGCUUUUGUUGGGGUCGUACUCUAUCAUCUAUACCAUUGUUAACUCUCUCUGGGGUAUCAUCUUCGUGGAAUAUUGGAAGCGCCAGGAGGAGGACCUCAGCUGUCGCUGGCAGACCAAGGGUGUUUCGGCCGUUCGCGCCAAGAGAAGACAAUUCAUUCCGGAUAAAGAGGUCCACGAUGAGAGCACUGGUGAGGUUCGGGGUGUGUUUUCGGCAUCGCGACGGAUGUAUCGUCAGCUGCUUCAGGUCCCGUUUGCUCUGCUAUCGACAGUAGCUUUGGGUCUUAUCAUUGGGACGUGUUUCGCCAUUGAGAUUUUUAUCUCCGAGAUUUACAACGGACCGCUCAAGACAUAUCUGGUCUUCAUUCCUACUAUCUUGCUUUCUGCGCUCAUUCCGACCAUGAGCACUGUCCUGGUGAAUGUCGCAACCAGACUUACCGAUUACGAGAACUACGAAACCCAACCAGCAUACGAUGUGGCAUUGACACAGAAAGUUUUUGUCAUCAAUUUUAUCACAUCCUACCUCCCAAUCUUCCUGACCGCAUUUGUCUACGUGCCCUUUGCCAGCCGCAUCGUGCCGUAUCUCGACGUGUUCCAGUUGACUGUUCGGCCGUUUGUCUCGAAAGAGCAUGCGGCGACAAUGCAUACCGAAUUCAACAUCGACCCCGACCGUCUGCGGAAACAAGUCAUUUAUUUCACCGUUACUGCUCAGGUGGUCAAUUUCGCCCAGGAAGCCAUUCUCCCGAUGGUCAAGCAGCAUCUUCUACGCAAGUACAAGGCGUACAAACGAAAGCAAUCCGCCAAGACAGACUCGGACAGUGAUUCGGACACCAAGCGCACACCUGUAGCACAGUUUGAUGACGCCCCAGAAGAGUCCGAUUUCCUCAAGCGAGUUCGCAACGAGACCGAGCUAGAAGACUACGACGUCACGGAUGAUCUCCGCGAAAUGUGCAUCCAGUUCGGAUACCUCGCCCUCUUCUCGCCCAUCUGGCCCUUGGUGCCCGUUUCCUUCCUGAUCAACAACUGGGUGGAGCUUCGAUCCGACUUCUUCAAAAUCUGCGUCGAAUGCAAACGCCCCUGGCCGCAACGCGCCGACACUAUCGGUCCCUGGCUCGAAAGCCUCAGCUUCCUCUCCUGGGUCGGAAGCAUCACCAGCGCCGCCUUGCUCUACAUGUUCAGUGCCGGCCACGAGGGGCCCAACGGCGAGCCGACCACCAUCCAAGGCUGGGCCCUUCUCCUAACCAUCUUCUUCUCCGAGCACAUCUACCUCGCGAUCCGCUAUGCCGUGCGGGCCGCCAUGGCCAAGCUCGAGCCCCCGAACGUGCGAAAGGAGCGCUCGGACCGCUACAACAUGCGCAAGCGGUACCUGGAUUCGACGCUCAGCACCAAGGUCAGCGACGACGAGGGCGACGAGGUCCCGUAUAACGAUCAGUCCCAGGAGGUCUCGCAGAUCAGUCGGGCCACGUUGGAAGAGGAUGCUCGGACUUGGUCUCGUCACGGCACGGAUCCUGCGGAACGGUUCUGGAUGCGCCAGAAGGGGUGGAAGGAGUCGGCUCAUGUCGGUUCGGCUAUUAUCCAGUCCUUGUCGAUUGUACAGGAGGGAACGAAGAAGGAGCAGUGA